CAGUCACCGCCGCGGGCACUAUGGCAUCUGGUGUUACAGUGAAUGAUGAAGUUAUCAAAGUUUUUAAUGAUAUGAAAGUAAGGAAAUCUUCUACACAAGAGGAGAUCAAAAAAAGAAAGAAAGCAGUUCUCUUCUGUUUAAGUGAUGAUAAAAGACAAAUAAUUGUAGAGGAAGCCAAGCAGAUCUUGGUGGGUGACAUUGGUGAUACUGUAGAGGACCCCUACACAUCUUUUGUGAAGUUGCUACCUCUGAAUGAUUGCCGAUAUGCUUUGUACGAUGCUACAUACGAGACAAAAGAGUCUAAGAAAGAAGACCUAGUAUUUAUAUUCUGGGCUCCUGAAAGUGCACCGUUAAAAAGCAAGAUGAUUUAUGCUAGCUCUAAAGAUGCCAUUAAAAAGAAAUUUACAGGUAUUAAGCAUGAGUGGCAAGUCAAUGGCUUGGAUGAUAUAAAGGACCGAUCGACACUUGGAGAGAAAUUGGGAGGCAAUGUAGUAGUUUCACUUGAAGGAAAGCCGUUAUAAAAAGAUAGUCAGGUGCCAUCUGCAGCUUAAGGGGCUUUCAUUUCUCCAGCUCAGUCCAUUGGAAUAGUGUUAGGUUUUUGUUUUUUCCUUUUUUUCUUUUUUCCUUUCCAUUGGGCCCUUCCAACACAGUGAAUGAAGGAGAUGUCAUUCAUAUAAGCAGCCUGUCAGUGAUUGCCAUUAGACUGUUCAAUGUGGUUACUGUUAUGUAGAACCCAAGGAAUGCCAUCCUGUCUUAUUUUAGCCAAAACAACUGGUUAUAUGCCUCCCUUGCAGCAAGCACUACAAUGAACAUGACUGUCGAUGUGAAUAGCUUAGAGUACUGCAAAGGGUAAGCAAAUCGAAUGCCUUGGAAGUAUUACCCACUGGUCAGAUGGUAAACUUUUUCAGUAUUAUUUAUAGUUGCACUUGAUUGCAGUUCUCUGAGGCGCUGGAGCAUUCACACACCUCACCUGCCUUGGCAAGCCUAUUUUUGUGACAUGGCAGCACAGAUAUAACACUACGCGUUAAAAGCACUUUUUUGUAAUGAGUUUAAUCCCCUAAAAGGAAUGCCAAUUAAGUUUCAUUAACUGUGUCAUCAAUUUAUCCUAGUACCUCAGUGUUCAUUCCUGUUACCUGCACAUCUUCUUGGAAGAAAUAGCUAUUAUUAAUGCCUUUUGUUUUCCAUUGAGUGUACACUACUGAGUAAGAGUAGGAGUUUUAUGUUUACCAUGUGAAUAACACUACAAUAUUUUGAAUAUCAGUUAUGAUGGCAAUUUCUGUAUAAAAGAGCCUUAAGUGGAACAUUGUUUUGAGAGCAGACUCCCCACCCUCACAAAACUGGCCACGUUGCAAUAAAAAUGGUGGCAUAUUACA